AUGGGAAAAGGCGACAAAAAGGGUGCCGAUAAAUCCGGCGGGAAGGGCAAAGGAGCGGACAAGGAAUCUGGCGGCAAAGCCAAGGGAGCACAAUCCAUCAAUGUCCGACACAUCUUGUGUGAGAAGCAUGCCAAAAAGGAAGAGGCACUAGCCAAGAUUAACGACGGCGUGAAAUUUGACGAAGUAGCUCGGAAUUACUCAGAGGACAAGGCGAGACAAGGCGGAGCACUUGGAUGGAAGAGCAAAGGCAGCUUGGACCCCAAAUUCGAGGAAGUGGCGUUCGCAUUGGAGCCUAGUACAACAAGUAAUCCCAAGAUUGCGGAAGCCAAGACAGAAUUUGGCUAUCACAUCAUCAUGGCAAGUUCUUUUCUACCUCAACAAAUGCAGCGUUCUGCUAACCCACAGUUGUUAUAG